AUGUUGGUCGAUGAAGAACAGACGGGGACGAUCCAGCCAGACGAGAAAAGUCACAAUUUGUGGGUUGAUCUGGAGGAUGUGUUCGAUCACAACAUUGAAGCGGACGCGUAUGUUGUGGUGUUCUCGGUUAUAGAUCGGGUGACGUUUGACGCGGCGGUACAGAGCCUUUACAAGCUCCGGCACGGUCUCAGCACUGACCGACCAAUCAUCCUAGUUAGUAACAAGAUUGACCUUGGCCGGAAACGCAAGGUGAAGAAAGCAGACGUGAAUUCCAUCUCUAGGACGUACGACUGCCUCCAGUUGGAGACGUCCGCCGCCCUCAAUCACCACGUGGACGAACUACUGGUCGCCAUAGUUAAGCACAGAUCCGCCACAAGCUCAACCCGGACGUUCACCCGUCCCCCGAGGGCUGAUGACAUCGAGCAGACGGUGACAAUCCUGCUAUGCUGGGAGGAGUUUACUAUGGAAUUAAGCGACAUCCUGCCCUUGGACGUAGAUGAUGGAAACAAAGCAGAAUUUAACGAAGUUAAUAAUUAG